GUCACAUCAAUUAGCAGUCACACAGAAUCCAACGUGUGAAGAAGCCAGACAAUCCUACAGUCAGAUAUCUAUUAAACUCUCUUAAACAAACACGACCACGCGUGAUUGACCACCUGAUGUUUACUAGUGGUGAUAAUGUCACAGAGAAGAGCCAGACUGAGCCCUGAAUCUGAGGCUGCUCAUUUUAUUUUAUCUGGAGUCAACAAGCCUUGUUUGAAAGCCCAGUGGAUCAAUGAUUAUAAAGGACGUGGUGUAUUUACAAGUGAACCAAUCGAAAAGGGGUCCUUCCUUUGUGGUUGAGUACCAUGGAGAGUUAAUCUCAAGCUAUGAACGAGACAAGAGACAGAAAAAGUACACAGAGAAGCAAAAUUGUUUCCUGUUUGAUUUUGAAUGGAAAGGAAGCACAUGGUGCAUUGAUUCCUCCCAUGAAGAUGGUUCAUUGGGUCGACUGGUCAAUGAUGCUCACAAAGGCCCAAACUGUAGAAUGAAAAAGCUGACAAUCCAGGAUAAACCUCAUCUUUACUUGUUUGCAAUUGAAAAUAUCCAAGCAGGGAAUGAAAUAACCUUUGACUAUGGAGAUUCUCAGUGGGCAUGGAGAGCACUGACACCAGGUGUUGGGAUCCUGACUAAACCUUCUGGAGACCAAGAAGGGAGUGAGAGAUCCACUUCAUCCUUACAACAGACACCAAGUGACGGGAUCCUGACUGAACCUUCUGGAGACCAAGAAGGGAGUGAGAGAUCCACUUCAUCCUUACAACAGGCCAGCAAAAUCAUUGGAUUAGUCCCCUUUCACCAGACAGCUACUGCAGAGCAGUCAAGGGCCAGCCGUCGACUGCAAAACCAGGCCAGGAAAGAGAUUAUCGAAAGAGAAAGGCAAAUCACGCUGAGUCCGAUGAAAAGAAUGACUGAUUCGAUGUCUCCUGAUGAAUAUUCGAAUUAUGACGACAUGGACUAUGUUCCAGACACAAGUGGCAAUUCAUCAGAUGAACGUAUUUGCAGUACAGAGCACAGAAUCACAGAUUCUCUAGUUUCCCCAAAAGAGGACAUGCCAGUAAAAGAUGCAGCACAGAUUGAGGAAAUCACCACCUCAGCGAUAGCUUCAAGUCAUUCGAUUUCAGUGACAAGUUGCAAUGCCACUUCAUCAGGGAAUGCAUCAGAGAGUAACAGCGCUAUCAAGGUCACACCAUUGCCAAAGGGGGCAAAACAAAACAAAUACAACAAGAAGCAGUGGGAAUAAGAGACGCAAGUGGACAGGUGAUGAAGUGAAGGCUGUUGAGCGACAUAUGUUUGAUUUCAUAACAAGCCAUAACGUUCCAGGUAAAACGAGCUGUGACUACUGUCUCCACGCAGAGCCAGUAGCUCUGAAAGACAGAGACUGGGUGUCCAUCAAAAACUACAUCCACAACAGGAUAACUGCAUUAAAAAGGAAAAUGAAUAGAUAGUACAUUGAAAUGCGAGCACGCCUGGGUACAUUUCAGUUCAAGUUAACUAAAGCAAUAGCAAUGGUGCAUAAAGGGUGGGAUGGUCAAUUACGGUUUUCAUAUUUGUUGUUGAAUACGGUGUUUCACGUUUGUUGUUUCACGUUUGUUGUUUCACGUUUGUUGUUUCAUGAUCUUCAAGAGCAAUUUGGAAAAUCCUUGGAGAUGUUUGGAGAUGUAAGGUAUACUGUAUAUCAGGCAUGUCCCGAUCUGGGCCUGGAGGGCCACUGUCGUGCCUGUUUUCCAGCUC